AUGUACUGCUACACCGCGUACUUCUACUAUCAGGUAAGAGUUCUUAAACUCUUGGAUGGUUUUACUGCUAUACUUGCCAAUGUGCGGCGGGGUGGGUCCGCGAGUCCUCUUGAUCGCUCUCCCCGCCAGCACUUCCGACGCUCCUUCUUUUCCCCUUCCUUCUUUCGUAUGUUGCAGUUCUUUCCCCGCCUCUGCUCAUCACCUCUGCUUCUCUCCCUCAUCCCCUCUGCUUCUCUCCCUCAUCCCCUCUGCUUCUCUCCCUCAUCCCCUCUGCUUCUCUCCCUCAUCCCCUCUGCUUCUCUCCCUCAUCCCCUCUGCUUCUCUCCCUCAUCCACUCUGCUUCUCUCCCUCAUCCCCUCUGCUUCUCUCCCUCAUCCCCUCUGCUUCUCUCCCUCAUCCCCUCUGCUUCUCUCCCUCAUCCACCCUGCUUCUCUCCCUCAUCCCCUCUGCUUCUCUCCCUCAUCCCCUCUGCUUCUCUCCCUCAUCCCCUCUGCUUCUCUCCCUCAUCCCCUCUGCUUCUCUCCCUCAUCCCCUCUGCUUCUCUCCCUCAUCCCCUCUGCUUCUCUCCCUCAUCCCCUCUGCUUCUCUCCCUCAUCCCCUCUGCUUCUCUCCCUCAUCCCCUCUGCUUCUCUCCCUCAUCCCCUCUGCUUCUCUCCCUCAUCCCCUCUCCUUCUCUCCCACAUCCCCUCUCCUUCUCUCCCACAUCCCCUCUCCUUCUCUCCCACAUCCCCUCUCCUUCUCUCCCUCAUCCCCUCUCCUUCUCCCCCUCAUCCCCUCCUUCUCUCCCUCAUCCCCUCUCCUUCUCUCCCUCAUGCCCUCUCCUUCUCUCCCGCAUCCCCUCUCCUUCUCCCCCUCAUCCGCUCUCCUUCUCUCCCUCAUCCCCUCUCCUUCUCCCCCUCAUCCGCUCUCCUUCUCUCCCUCAUCCCCUCUCCUUCUCCCCCUCAUCCGCUCUCCUUCUCUCCCUCAUCCCCUCUGCUUCUCUGCUUCUCUCCACCCCUCUCCCAUCAGGUCAUCCGCCACGCUGUGCGUCUGUCCAACCGCUACGCGUCUCUCGUCAUCCGUCACGCGGUGCGUCUGUCCAACCGCUACGCGUCCCUCGUGCAGCACUGGGAUUCACCCCUCUCUCCCUCAUCCCUCUCCCCAACUUUUCCCCCUCCCCUGCCAGGUCGUUCGUCACGCGGUGCGUCUGUCCAACCGCUACGCGUCCCUGGUGCAGCACUGGCCGGCCGGCAGCAGCGGGCUCUACCCCGGCUGGAUCGCCACCCGCAAGGUUCGGCCCGAAGCAAGGACGGCUUGGUGGGGGGUGGGAAGAGGUGGGGCAGUGGGGGAGGGCACGUGUUGGCGUUGUACUGGCUUGUAGCGUCGCUAGCGUACGUGGUGUAUCUGCACGAGGCGAGUACGGUCUUCCUCCUCGCCUUCGCUGUAGCGAAUUACGUUCUAGUGAAGCAGCUGGGGUCCUGGUGCGCAAGCCGAGGCAGCAGCAGCAGCAGCAAGCAGGGCGCCGGCGCAAGCAGCAAGUGGGACUGGCUGUUCCCGACGGUCCUGUGGGCAUGGCAGUGCGGCUCGUACAUUCUCAUCCGCUCAUACGACGGCUUCCGAUUCGCCCACAUCCCCCUAGUGGGCGGCAGUGUGGCGUUCCUGGACGCGCACAGGGGGGUGUUCCGGUGGGAGAUCUGCUACAACCUGCUGCUGCUGCGCAUGAUCAGCUUUGGCCUUGAUUACUACUGGGCCGCCCGCGACGCUGCAGCAGCAGCAGGAGUAGGAGCAGCGGCAGUAGCGCAGGGAGAGCCGUUGCUGGGUUCCAAGGUCACAGGGACUGUCAGUGCCAGCAGCACGGGAAGCAGCUUCCUGGAAGCUCACCGAGCCAAGUGCUUGCAGUGCAGGCAGGGGCAGGCGUGCUACACGGCGCGGCAGGGGGAGAGCCUCCCUCUGGCUGCAUACUCCCUCCCCGCCUACCUUGCUUACCUCCUCUUCGCCCCACUCUACAUCUCCGGGCCCAUUGCCUCUUUCAACGCCUUCACCUCGCAGCUCGACACCCCGCAAAAGACAAUGUCUGCCGCCCGCGUCGCCGUCUAUGCCGUCCGGCUGGCGGCGUCGUUUCUCCUCAUGGAGCUCAUGAUGCACUUCUGCUACUUCCAGGCACUUGCCAAGUCCGCCGGACCCUGGUUCUCGGAAGCUUCCCACAGCACGGGGGGCAAUGACCUGGGGAGUGCCCUGUGGGGUCAAGAGGCCCCCGGGAAUCUCGCUCUGGGGAUGAGCAUAGUGAGCUAUGGCGUUCUUAACUUCAUGUGGCUUAAGUUCUUCCUCAUCUGGCGCUACUUCCGCCUCUGGGCGCUCGUGGCCGGGGUGGAAACCCCCGAGAACCUUCCGCGGUGCAUCAACAACAACUACGACAUUGAGGGGUUCUGGCGCGGGUGGCAUGCGUCGUACAACAAGUGGAUCGUGCGGUACCUGUACAUUCCGCUGGGCGGCGGGAAGCGGAAGCUAGUGAACGUGUGGGUGGUGUUCACGUUUGUGGCGCUGUGGCAUGACUUGGAGUGGAAGCUGCUGUGGUGGGCGUGGCUCACAUCUCUGCUGCUCGCACCAGAGUUGAUUGUCAAGACCAUUGGCAACCUCAAGGCCAUGCAGGUACGAGCCUUCCUUGCCUUGCUUUUGAGACGCCUCACAAGGUGGCUCACGUCUCUGCUGCUGGCGCCUGAGAUGAUCGUCAAAGCCACUGGCAACCUCAAGGCCCUGCAGGUGCGCGCCCUUGCUCGCUGCUGCCCUUGCUCACGCAUGAAAACAUGUUGCAUAGGGAGAAUUGCGCUCUGUGCCGAUGCAUGCCAUGGCAUGGGCCGCUCUGUGCUGUGCGUACAAGUCUAUGUUCCAACCCCAACCACCCUUUCACCACCUUUACUCCCCUGUUCUCCUCCCUAUCUCCUCUUUCUCCCGCUCUCCUUCCGCUUUCUUCUCUUUCCCACAUCUUCCCUCUGUGUCGGCCUGCCCACAGGGCUUCCCCAGGUCAUGGCUGGCUUCCGCAAGUCGUGGCUGUACCGCGAGUGCUGUGCAAUAGCCGGCUCCAUCAACGUGCUUGGUCUGAUGACGGCCAACCUGGUGGGCUUUGUGGUGGGGCUGGACGGCGUGCGCGGCUUCCUCUCCAGCUUCCUCUCCGACCCCUUUCUUGUACUCUUCAUUUACAAGCAGACAGAAAUGGCUGCCCUCGCCAACGCCGCUGUUGCUCCCUCCACCUUCGUCGGCCAGAGCGCUGAGCUCGCCGCCAAGGUCAACAAUGUGGAGGCUCGCAUCUCCAUGAGGAAGACGGCCAAGGCCGCCCCCGCCAGCUCCUUCUACGGCCCCGACCGCCCCCAGUUCCUGGGCCCCUUCUCCUCCCCCCCGUCGUACCUCAACGGCGAGUAUGCCGGUGACUACGGGUGGGACACCGCCGGCCUGUCCGCCGACCCCGAGACGUUCGCCAAGAACCGCGAGCUGGAGGUGAUCCACGCCCGCUGGGCUCUUCUCGGCGCCCUGGGCUGCCUGACCCCCGAGCUCCUGGCCAACAACGGCGUCGAGUUCGGCGAGGCCGUGUGGUUCAAGGCCGGUGCCCAGAUCUUCUCCGAGGGCGGCCUCGACUACCUCGGCAACCCCGGCCUGAUCCACGCCCAGUCCAUCCUUGCCAUCUGGGCCACCCAGGUCAUCCUGAUGGGCGCCGUUGAGAGCUACCGCGUGGGUGGCCUCGAGGGCUUCCAGGAGGUUGAGGACCCCCUGUACCCCGGCGGUGCGUUCGACCCCCUGGGUCUGGCUGACGACCCCGACGCUCUCGCCGAGCUGAAGGUGAAGGAGCUGAAGAACGGCCGCCUCGCCAUGGUGUCGAUGUUCGGAUUCUUCGUCCAGGCCAUCGUGACCGGCAAGGGUCCCCUUGAGAACCUGUCCGACCACCUGGCUGAUCCCACCGUGAACAACGCCUGGGCCUAUGCCACCAACUUCACCCCCGGCCAGUAA